GAAAGACGCAAGGAAAGUCAGAACGCAGUAGCCGGGAGAUCGGAAGAGACUGUGAUCGACCGUUUCUCAGAUUGCCGGGAAAACCUCCAAAAAUGGUGUAACCUACCUGUUGAAGCUCUCAGCUCCUCAAUGAAGCUCCUCGUCGGUGUUCUCUUUUCCUUCUUCCUCGCUCUUCCUUCCGCCGUCGCCAGAGGCGGCGAACGCGGUGGCACUCUCUCAGAGUAUGAGAAUGAUAGGAGCAAUGUGGCUAUUACUAAAGCGCGGGUUUUGCUUGAAGAUGAGAAGUCACCGAACAAGAUCGCUAGAGCUCGUGGGUACAUGACGAACUCGGAUCUCGAGAAGGCGGUGAAGGAUUUUGGGCGAAGAUGUAGCAACAUUUCUAGGAUAUACAGCAUUGGGGAGAGUGUGAAUGGAGUUCCACUGUGGGUAAUAGAAAUUUCUGACAAGCCUGGGGAAGAAGAGGGCGAGCCUGCGUUCAAGUAUAUUGGAAAUGUUCAUGGGGAUGAACCUGUUGGGCGCGAACUUCUUAUUCGGUUAGCUAAUUGGAUAUGCGACAACCAUUUGAAGGAUCCUCUGGUCAGAUCAAUUGUGGAAAAUAGUCACCUUCAUAUUCUUCCAUCAAUUAACCCUGAUGGGUUUGCAUUACAGAGGCGCGGUAAUGCAAAAAAUAUUGAUCUGAAUCGUGAUUUUCCUGACCAGUUCUUUCCUCUGAAUGACGAUAUACAUACGCGUCAACCUGAAACAGCAGCAGUUAUGAAAUGGUUGAGUGAGAUACGUUUUACAGGUUCUGCAACUUUGCACGGGGGUGCACUUGUUGCUAAUUAUCCAUGGGAUGGUACCAGUGAUGGAAGGUAA